AGAGAAUGCUGUUGGUCUGUCUGAGUCAAGGGCUGGGGGACAAGGGAGACUGGCUGUGGCUGCUAUAGUGGACUGGACAUUAGAAGAGUGUGUGAGGUGGAGUGCAUCUCUCUCUUUCUCUCUCGUUUUCUUUGACGGGGGCAGGGGAGAGGCAGGCUGGGCUGUCCACUAAAGCUAUCACAGGGCUCAUAAGGAAGGGGGAGGAACAGAAGAGGCUGCUGCUGCUACAGUAUGUGCAGCUGCUCCCAACACAGUCCCCUCUUCCUCUCUUUCUCUUACUUUCCCUCCCUCCUCGAUCUUUCUUUCUCUCUAUCUUCUCACAACAUGGAGCCCAACAGUCCUAAGAAGAUCCAGUUUUCUGUACCUGUCCGACAGAGUCAGCUGGACCCUCAGGCAUCGGAGCAUAUCCGUAAGAGGAGACCUACACCAGCCACCCAUGCCAUCUAUCUUCCACCAGACCUAACUGCAGCAAAUGACAAGCAGACUACAAGUCAUCAAGGAGAGACCCAGAGUGCAGGGACAUCUCAGAGAAAACACAGCGUCUAUACUCCGCCCACCAUGAAAGACUGCUCUAGAGGCCAUGGUGAGGACAGAGACAGCCUGCCUCCUACCAGGCUGGCCAAGACUCACACAGACACGCUGACCCUAGCAGAGGAGCUAUCAGGGGCCCUGCCACGACUGGCAGACACACCGAAGCGCAAAGACACCCCCUACCAGCACCAGCCUCCCUUCAUUCCAGGGGUCAAGCUGCUCAAGAGCAAAUCAAAUAUCUCCUUCCCUGAGGAGGAAGAGAAGGAGGCGGAGGAGGAAGAAGAUACCAAGAAGAAGUAGGAUCCAAAGUGAAGCGUGAGGAGCAGACAAACUGUUGGCCAUGUUUCUGAUGGUUCACACACAUGAAUGGGUAAUGAACUCUUGGUAAGAGAUGAUGCUAAACUAUCAGGUUAUCAUUUCUAACCUGGGAAUCCAUUUUAUUCAGCCAUGCGUUGUUGAGAUCAGGAAAGGACAAUGUCAUUCAUUCAUUUGUCUGUACUGUAUCUCAAACUCUUAGUUGGUUAUGUAUGGUUAAUUAUUGUUAGAUAUUGUAAUAAGAGAGUAUAUAUGAACAGCAAUACUGGCUGUUAUUCAGUGAAAAUAUAUCUGGAAAUAUACAGAUUUUUUUUUCUUUAAACAGAAAAUAACAAUGCAUCUCAUUGUGUCUGUCUCAUCAUGUAAAAACAUAUUUCACAUAGAUUGACUUGAUAUUUUUGUAGUAUUUUAUACAAACUGGGCUAUGUAUGAAUUGUUAGACUUGUUUACCACUCUAAGGUACUGCACAAACAAAGGAGUCCUACAAUUUAUUUUAUUUAUUUCGCUCACUGGUGUUUGGAGUGUGAGUCCUAUCCUAUGAAAGGCUGAUGCAUUGCACAUGUGACCAAAUAAUAAAGUUCAUUCUUGAAUGAACUGUUGGCAAAACCUGUACAUUUCAGAUGUCUAACGCAUUGUGGACCUAUAGUGCAGCAGAGAAACAUCAACUGCAAAUAAUGCCAAACCCUCUCAAUUUCAGGCAGGAUUAUUUUAGUAGGCUAAUUGUUAUCUCAAAUUAAUCGUGGGAAGAUUUCAUAACACAAAAUAAAACAUUUUUCUCUUA